ACUUUAUUUCGUCGUAACACCUACUUAUGUCUAGUAGUAAGAUAGCGGCCGCGGAGGCAGUAGCAGCUGCGGCGGUGGUGGUGGUGAGAGAAUACGAGGAGGAGAGGGACAAGCAUGACGUGGAAGAGAUGGAACGAAAAUGUGAAGAAACCGGGAAUCAUCAACAUGGCAAACCGGUUAUGGUCUCUGAUCUAUUAGGCGAUCCGGUUUGUCGCGUUCGUCAUUUUCCGUCUCACACUAUGUUGGUAGCAGAGUACGGAGAAGGGAGGAAGAAGGUGGUGGGAGUUGUGAGAGGAUGCGUUAAAACUGUGACUAGAGGAGGCGGCAACCCCAUUUUUGUCAAACUCGCUUGUGUUCUUGGUCUUCGUGUUUCUCCUUCCCAUCGGAACUUAGGCAUAGGAACAAAAUUAGUGCGAGCACUAGAAGAAUGGUUCAAGCAACAAGGCGCAACCUACGCGUACAUGGCCACUGAUUAUACCAACGAGCCUUCCAUUAACUUGUUUACCAAGAAAUGUUCCUAUGUCAAAUUCCGUACACCGACAAUGCUGGUCCAACCGGUUCACGCCCAUAGCAAACCGAUCGGUUCAGAUAUAUCUAUCCUCGAAUUAACUCCCCAAACCGCCGAGUCAAUCUACACUCGAAUCUUCAAAGACUCAGAAUUCUUCCCUCGUGACAUCGACGCAAUCUUAACCAGCCGCAACAGCUUGGGAACGUUUAUAGCCGUACUAAAUGAAAAUCACGGCCCCAAAUCAAACCUCGAUGACUUGUCAGCUAAUUUCGCGAUAUUAAGCGUUUGGAGCACCAAAGACGUAUUCAGGCUGCAAAUGAAAGGCGUUUCUUGGUUAACCCACGCGUUUUGCUCCGGUUCAAGACUCCUCGAUUCUUGCAUGCCAUGGAUGAAAUUACCUUCGUUCCCUAACGUGUUCGACAAGUUUUGGGUUUAUUUCAUGUAUGGCAUGCACAUGGAAGGCAAAGACGGCCCACGUCUCAUGAAGAGUUUAUGCUCUUUUGUGCACAACAUUGGGAGAUACGACGGAGGAUGUGGAGCUCUAGCAGCAGAGCUUAGUCCAUCAGACGCGGUGGCUUUGGUCGUACCUCACUGGAAACGGCUUUCAUGGGCCCAAGAUCUCUGGUGUCUCAAGAAACUCUCCGAUGAACCUGAACAGUCCGAUUGGACUAGGUCGAGAUCUUCUUCUUCCUCUGUGAUUUUCGUUGAUCCUCGUGAUAUCUAACGAAUGCUCCAAAAAGAUUUAACUUUACCCUACUACUGUACAUAAAGAUGAUUAAACAAACAAAAAAAGAAAAGAACAUUUAAUCAUCUGACUCUUUACAUACUGUAUUUAAGAGUGUUCUGAAGUAGAAUAGUCUUAUUAGUACUACUUAGCUGAAUUCCUCUGUA